UGCAAAAUUUACCUAAUAGAACUAAUAUUAUCAACUGUAGUCUAUGCAACAAUAAUUAUGACCUCACAUGUGCAAAUAUCUCACCAGAUUACUUUAAAUUAAUGUCUCAUAUAGACAAAACCGCUUGGAAAUGUCAAGAAUGCAUAUGUAAACUGCCAAAGAUUAUAAAUUCCGAUACCCCUAUACGCCCAAGUAACAGAAUUCUGACCUCAACAACUCCAGAAGCAGAAAAUAUCACACUCAGAAGAAAUAACACUAAGACAUACAAUGACACGUCGUUGGCAGAAGAUAUAAGUAUUUUGGGAGACACGAUAUACGAAGAAGAAAAGCAAGCAUCAAGAAAUAAACAAACAGAGCUAACAUUGCAAAAUUUAAGCGAAAUUAUUAUGGUACGUUUGAAAGACAAUAAUAAAUCUAUCAUAGCAGAAAUAAAAAACACAAUAAAAACAGAAAUUGAACUGGCCAUUAAGAAAAUAAAAGAGGACCUGGAACAAGAAACUAAACAACUACAAGAAGAAAACGAACAAAGAAAAGAAGAUAUAAAACUAAUAAACAGCAAAAUAGAAAACCUAACGAUACAGAACAAAAGCUUGAAGCAAGAAAUUAUAGAUUUGAAAACUAUAAUAAAAAAUUCAGAAAAACAAGUAAAUUGUUCGGAUAAUAAUUCAAAGAAGAUUGUUUUGUACGGACUACCAGAAUAUAACAAAGAGACCGACUGCGAUCUGUAUAACAGAUUAAUUGAUUUGUUUCGCGAACUACAAAAUGUGGAUCUAACUGGCUAUAUUGAAAACAUGCGCAGGAUAGGCAGAUACGGUACUCGAAAUCGACCCCUUGAAAUAGAAUUGCUAAGCAAGAGAAUGGCCAAAUACGUCAUAGAAAAUAACGAAUACUUUUACGGUACACGGAUGUCCGUGUCCGAAUAUUUAGAUGAAAAUGCAAGAAAGAAAAGACAGCUCUUGCGAGAUCAAAUGAUUGAUGCACGGAAAAAAGGUCAACAUGCUGUAAUUAAGAACAAUAAAUUAUAUAUUGAAGGAAAACUACAGAACUCAUUUGAAGAAACAAAACAAUUUAACAAAACCGCUAUAGAUCAGUCGAAUACAAACAAAGAUACAUACGCGUACACUCAAAGUCAACAAUAUAUAAAUAAUACCCAAAAUCACUCCUUUCGUUAACUCUGACCAGGACAGUAAA